AGGAAGGAGUAGCCAUCGUCCCAAAAGUUUACAUCCCCUUGUUGGAACAGUCCUCUGAUCUAACCAAAACUUUGUCUAAUAAGAGCACCCUUUUGGCUCUUCAUGGCAUUAGACUCAAUCAAACAUGAAGGUGCUAGCUCUACUACAUCUGACCAGGUUGACAGACAGCAGGUGCCGAAUGGGAGCAGUGACGACAGGGCCAAACGACACCCUCGAUGGACCAGGCACGAGACGUUUGUCCUCAUAGAGGGCAAGAAGGUCGUGGAGAAUGCGGUUCAGAAGGGCCGCAGCAGAUCUUCUUCAGCCUUGGGGUCCGACCAUUUUGAACCAAAGUGGGAUCUGGUCUCAUCAUACUGUAAGCAGCGAGGUGUGAGCAGAGAGCCAGUUCAGUGCAGGAAAAGAUGGAGCAAUCUUCUUGUUGAUUUCAAGAAAAUCAGGAACUGGGAGUCACAGAUAAAAGGAGCGGCUGAGUCUUUUUGGGUGAUGAGAAAUGAUGUGAGGAAGGAGAGGAAGCUUCCCGGUUUCUUCGAUCGGGAAGUUUACAACAUCUUGGAUGGAAAUGCUGUGACUGCAACAGCAGCAUGUCCACUGGCAUUGUUUAUCCCAGUACAAACAGAUGCACAGAGUGGUGAUGGGGCAGAAGCGGCAGCUGCAGAAGAAGAAGAGGAGGAGGAACCUGGAAAAGCUGCCAAUGGCCUUCAACAGGAUAUGGCAGAAGAUGGUUUAUGUUCAGAUUCUGAGGAGUCAGAGCAAGAGGAGACAGAGUCCAAGAAGGAAAACCUGAUGCAAGACAGUCCGGCAACAACAGUCACAACUCCAAUGCCUUCUUCAGGCACAAUAAAAGAGAAACGGGGUUUAGACUCAAAUGCAUGUGGAGAGCAUAUCUCUCAGGAGAAACGGAAGCAGAGACGGUUGGCAAUAGACGGAUGUGAAAACAACUACAGUGACCAGUUGAUCAGAGUACUUGAGAGGAACAACGCCCUGCUGAAUGCCCAACUUGAAGCUCGUAACAUAAAUUGCCACUUGGAUAGGGAACAGAGGAAGGAGCAAAGUAACAGCUUACUUGCUGCCAUCAGCAAGGUCACAGAUGCUCUAGUGAGAAUCGCAGAUAAAUUAUGAUCAAACUUCAUGGUAAAGUGAAAGACCCUAAGAAGCUGCAUGUUAGAGUGUACCAUGUAGGAGGGAUCUUCUUAGAGUUUUUGUUUAGUGCAUCUUAAGCUCAUUUCUUCUUUCUUCUUCUACCAGUCACCGACUCUAUACAGAGAUCACACAGAGUCUUUUUAGCUUAGGGGUUUGAUUGUUGAUCUGUUUGGAACUAGUUACCAUUCUGGUGAUGAAUUUCUUGCCAUCUCUUCUCCAAAGAAAAACAAAAACAAAAACAAACAAAAAUUUCUUGCCAUCUACCUACUAAAAU